GCCUGUCAACCACUGCCAAACCAAUCACAGCUCAGCCCUCGUGUCGUUACAACUGCGGCAGGCACAUGGGAAGCUGUUCCUGCUCAAGCUCUUGUCAAUACAAUGGCAACUGUUGUUACGACUACUACUCUUACUGCCCCUCACCCACCACAGCUCAGCCCUCAUGUCGUUACAACUGCGGCAGGCACAUGGGAAGCUGUUCCUGCACAAGCUCUUGUCAAUACAAUGGCAACUGUUGUUAUGACUACUACUCUCACUGCCCCUCACCCACCACAGCUCAGCCCUCGUGUCGUUACAACUGCGGGAGUCACAUGGGAAGCUGUUCCUGCUCAAGCUCCUGUCAAUACAAUGGCAACUGUUGCUAUGACUUCUACUCCUACUGUUCAAUCACAACUAACAUGCCAGCCACAGUAAAACCCUGUGGAGGUUCUCUGUUUGGCUCUGGCACCUUCUCCAGCCCCAACCACCCCAACUACUACCAUGACAAUGCCUACUGUGUCUGGCAGCUCAGGGCUGCGUUUGACCAAAGAAUCUUCCUGGAAUUCACCUACCUGCAAUUGGAGAACUGCUGCUCCUGUGACUAUAUUUCCAUCUAUGAUGGGCCAUCUGUUAGCUCACGGUAUCUGGGGAAAGUGUGCAACAACAGUCUGAGUUCUUUCUACUCCACUUCCAACUACUUGACUGUGCUCUUCCGGACUGAUGGUUCCGUGGUUGGCCGAGGGUUCAAUGCUGACUUCAUAAGCUCUCUGCCACCAAGCUCAGGUCGAGUGGACUGUUCCUCAGACAACAUGAACAUUGUGAUUGAGAGGACUUACCUGAACUCUCUCGGAUACGAUGGCCACAGUCUGUACCUGAAUGACCCGCACUGCAGACCACAGGUUUCCACAUAUCAGGUGGUCUUCAACUUCCCCAUUAACACUUGUGGCAACAUUCGAAAGUUUGAGAAUGACAGAGUUGUGUACACCAACACCCUCCACGCCUACACCUCCAGCUCCGGGGAGAUCACACGCCAGUCUCACUUUAAGAUGAACGUGGGUUGUCGAAUGGAGCAGGACUCAGUGGCCCAGAUCAUGUACGUUGUCGAACAUCGUGAUAACAGCAGCAUCACAGGCACAGGCAGAUUUAAUACCAGCAUGGAUUUCUACACAUCAAGCAACUUCUACUACAAGGUUACUCAAGUUCCAUACGAGGUGACACUCAACCAGAACUUAUAUGUCCAAGUGAACCUGAGGAGGGGUGACAGUUCCCUGGUUCUCUUUCUUGACACCUGUGUGACCUCACCAUCACCCCAUGAUUUCCAGACCAGACCUUACUACCUGGUCCGCAAUGGCUGUCCCGUGGACAACACCUACGUGAGCUACAUCACUGGCACCCAAGCCUAUGCCCGUUUCACAUUUAAGGCCUUCCAGUUCCUGCGAGCCACAGAGUCGGUGUACAUACAGUGUAAGGUCCUGAUAUGCCAAGCCUCGGACUACAAUUCUCGCUGUCGACGUGGCUGCAACAAACGGGCGGCCAGAGACUUGGGGUCAGAACAUGACCGUCAAACUUUGGUCCUGGGACCCAUUAAACUCAAAGACCCUGAAAAAAAGGAAGAAGAGACUCCCAAGCAGGACAAGGCUUAACUAGAUUCUGCAAUUUGCUGCUUUAAUACUCUUAACUAAUUGUUACAGCUCAUUCUGUUCAUUGUGACACUAAAUUGUUUGCACCAUUGUUCUCUUGAUCACCUCAAUUACCUGAUUAAAAGCAUCAAAAGACAA